AUGCCAGCUCUUAUCCAGCGAAUUGUCGAACCCGCUACCGUCUCAAUCGACACUCACCUUCCUAUCAUCGACCAGGACAUUAUCUACGAGUCGCACGCAAACGAAGGAUAUCUCUACAACUACUCCGGAUACGGCCUCAAAGUCUCCGACAAGCCAAGAGGAGUCAAACGAGUCCGAAGCAAAGAAAAUCUUCUUACCUUCAUCCAGAUCGCACAGCAGCUCAUGCUCAUCCAGUCGAAAGAAACCGGCGAGUUCCUGACUGUCUCCAGCCGAGGAAAAAUCUCAUCUUCCUUCCUUGCCACUGAAGGUUCUCUUUGGCGGAUGGAGAACAAAUCUACUCACAAGAAAUUCCAGUCUUUCACCAACAAGUCCACCGACUGCACCCUCUCCGUUAAUCGACGAGGCAAAGUUCUCUGCCGUCGGGGUGCUAGAAAACGAUCAACGAGUUUCAUCACUAUUUCUCGACCUCGAUCAAACCGACGGCUUUAA